UUUUAAAUAUAACGGUACACGUCAAACGGCACUCUUCAUUCGUUAAUCUCUCUGUACUCUGUAGACUCUGUACGCUAUUUGGGAAUUGUAAAUUCAAGGAGAAGGAGUUCGAAGGCGCUUCUUUUCGAAUCUUUCUGUGUCUCUCAGUGCCGAUAAAUGGCAAAAGGUCUUAUACAGGCAACAGCAGAGGAUUUGGCAAGGAAUAGAGGACAAGUUCUCUCUCUUUAUCGCCAGAUAUUUCGGAGCAUCAAUUCCCCAAAGCUGCCACUCACUUUUGCAGCAAGAUUGGCUAAGAAAGCAGAGGGUCAACUGCUUUGUUGGAGUAAAUCAUAUCUUGAGGGGUCAAGGUAUGGUAGAGCUUGCAUCUUAUGGUGUGAAGACAACACUGGGGAGCUGAUUUGUAUUCAAUGUCAAAGACUGCGUUUUCUUCAUAAGAUGCGCUGCAAAGAAUAUGUAUCUAUGAAAAAAAUUGAGAUAUUGUUAUUAAUAAACCUGAUUAUGGAAAGGUUUCUGAAAGUUGCGCUUGAACUCUUGAAGCAAUUUUUUAUCGCAAUAAUGAAGUUGGAAUCAAGUUUUAUCAAAUUUCUGUUAAAUCAGGCUACCAUUUGGCGCAACAAAUUUCCAGAGUUAGUGACAGGAUAGAAUGAUCUACUGGGGUAUUUGGGAGCCGCAUCUGGUCAAAGAUUUGGAGGCUCCAUUUACCAAAAAAAAAUCGUAGUCUUUAUGUGGCGAGCAUGUAAGAAUAUUUUUCCAACCCAUGUGAAUUCAAUAGAGCGAAGAGUAAUUUCAGAGGACACCUGUGAAGCAUGUAAACAAUUCCUUAGACAAGUCGUCAUCUUCUUUGGGAAUGCGAUGUUGCACAGGAUGUAUGGGCUGGCUGCUCUGUUUGGCUGCAGAAAUGUGUUCAAGGUCUGGAGGAUAUGAUUCACCUUAUGGGUGAGUUGUUGGAUCGACUAGCAGUGGAUGAGUUUGAGCUUUUUCUGGUGCAAGCAUGGUUAUUUGGCAUCAAAGAAAUGUGGUGGUUCAUGGUAGGCAGCUCCAAGAGCCCAGUGCUUUGAAUCACUGUGCUAGGGAUGUCUUAGAGGAGUAUCGACAGACCCAAAUGCAAAUGUUGUUUCCAAAUCCUGCAUUAUCUGUUGAGGGAAGACAAAUUUCGUCAGAAAAAAAAAAAAGAAAAAAAAAGAGGGGAAUCUAUAGGAAAAAGAGGAA